AUGGAAUAUGCAGUUUUGCCUGAUCAUCUUGAUAUAAUGUAUCAGGAUUGCAUAUUGUCACCACAACAAUAUGUUCGAUUAUUAAACAACAAUGAUACUAACGUAGAGGAUUAUUUGUAUUAUUGUUUAAGAGUUGAACAGGACAAUAUUAAUAUUAAAUAUGAUCAAUGUUUCGAUGAGAUUAAUAAUAGAAAAAUAUCAUUUAAAAAAUUGAAAGAAUUGAAUAUAACUAAUGAGGAGUUAUUUCAGUGGAAUAUACCCGUUGAUCUAAUUAGUUAUUAUUCAAGGUAUAACAAUGAUGAUAAAUUUGAGUUUAUAUGCAAUUGUUCGUUAUCGUCUAAACGCUACGGUCGUUAUUGUGAAUAUACAUAUGGCGACUCUUCAAUAGGAUUAGAUAGUUUUGAACAAUUAAUUAAUGGAUACGCCAAUCGUAUGCGAGAUCUUCCAGUCAAUCGUAGAUCCGAAUGUUAUCCAUUUGUAACAAAACUUUGUUCUCGUUGUAUUGAUUGGCGCGAUAUUUGUGAUGGAGAAUGGGAUUGUAUGAAUGGUGAAGAUGAAAAACAAUGUCGACAAGUAGAAAUGAAUGAAUGUAAUUUUGAAACUGAGUAUCGUUGUAGAAAUGGUUUAUGCAUCAAUCGACAAUUCCUGUUCGAUGGUGACAUGGAUUGUCUUGAUACAACAGACGAACAAAAAUCAUUAGCAGAUGGAAAACACUAUGAUUAUCAGUCAUGUUAUAAGACAGCAACAAUUGACUGUCAUGAGCAUUUUUGUUCCAAAGAUUUAUUUUCAUGCGGUGACGGUCAUUGCUUUAAAUGGGACAUACGUUUUGAUCUUGAGUCGAGGUGCAAAAAUCGCCAGGAUAGUUUACACGUAUGUGAAUUGAAAUCAUCUUGGACCAUGAAAGAUGGUCGUUGUGCUUAUGCAGCUGAUGAUGCCGAAUUUAUGGAAUUUGAGUCUGAAAAUGAUCGUUGUUUAAAAUUGAUCAAAUGCGCCUUGCUAAAUGUCAGAACGGUAUGUCAACCACGAUCAAUAUUUGAAUUUCAAGAACAGGCAUUUCGAUAUGUUAUUGAACAAUGUUUUGAAAAUAACGAGACAAUUUAUAAGCAUUCAUUAUCAGCAUACGUUUUGUCACCAUUCAUACAAACAUACACACUAUAUAAACAAUUUAGCUACUUGGGUCAUAUUGAUUUAUUACACAGACAAAUGGCAGCUCGACCGGGUCUAUUCUGUUUCAACGGUACAUUUACAUGUCGAGGUAGAGAAACGAUACGUGAUUUGAAUAAAGAAAAGUAUUGCGUAUAUUAUGAUGAUAUUUAUGAAAAACAAUAUCCAUAUCCACCAUUUGAAUAUUUAUUUUGUGUUCACAAAAAUGCAACAACAACAGGAGAUCCUGAUUAUUGUAAUGAUACACAAAACUUUUAUUUAUGUUUAUUAUCUGGCGAAUGUAUAUCAAAGUAUCGUUUACUAGACGGAUUUAUUGAUUGUAUAGAUCAAUCCGAUGAAAACUUUACAUUACAUCAAAAUUUAAAUACAAAAUAUUUACACGAUAAAUAUAAUUGCGAGAUAAAAACAAAUGCAAUGAUUAUGGCACAUUUUCUUGGUGAUGGCGAUAAACAAUGUCCUGAUGGCACAGAUGAAAUGAGUCUGCGAUUAAAUUGGCAAAGUUUUCAAUGUCAACAAGUGAACACAUUUGCUUGUGAUUUAUUAAAUAGAUACAAAACUCAAAUUUCACAAAUUUUAAUACCAUUCAAUAGUUUAUGUAAUUCCAUUUGGGACAUGCGCAAUGGUAUUGAUGAACAAGAAUGUCAUGAUUGGAUAUGUGAGGAUGAUCAGCUAUGGAUUAAAUUUAACAAUACGUAUAAUGUAUCAUCAGUUUGGAAUGGAAAUUGCAUUUUAAACGAAUGGAAAUGUGAUAGAGACUGGGAUUAUCCGGACGGAAGUGAUGAGAGGGAAUGCUAUUCUAAUAAUCUGAGAGAUGAAGAAUGUCGAGAAAAAAUUUCUGGAUUUUACGCAACUUGUCGAAAUAAAACUAAUCAAGCACUAAUAUCAAUACCUUGUGAACAAGUAGGGGAUGGUAUUAUUGAUUGUGCUGGUGGUUUAGAAGAACGAAAUGUUUUUGCUUGUUCAGAUGGUUAUCCAUUAAAUAAUCGUCUGUUAUGUGAAGAAACUGGUACAUGUAUAGAAUCAAUGAAUUUAUGCGAUGGUAUUCUGCAUUGUCCAUCAGGUAUUGAUGAAUCAAUAGCAUGGUGCAAUGAUGGUAGAAACGUUAAGUUAAAUUGUCAACCAGGUACAUUUGCCUGUCGAAUACCUGCAAACGAUUAUGGACCAUGUAUAUCACUAACGAAACGUUGUGAUAGUAAUGGGGAUUGUACACCAGAAAAAUCAUACGGUUGGGAUGAACUCUUUUGUUUACCAUCAAGAGAUAAUGUAAAGAUGCGUUAUUUAUCAUCGAGCAAUAGCAUCGAAGAACCCAUAAUACAACCAGGAGACGCUAUGUCAUCAUUUUGGCUCUGUAAUAAUGGUUUGGUUGUAAAACGUCAUAACUUUCUAAGUUGCCUAUGUCCACCAGCAUUUUACGGUACAUUUUGUGAAUUCCACAAUCAUCGUAUUACAAUUGUAUUUAUGAUCAAUACUAGUACAGUGAUGAAUUUUUCAUCACAAAAAACAAAAAUUCAUUUAACACCUAUUAUACGAAUUGGCAUAUUAUUAGAAUAUAAAAAUCAUACAAUUGAUCAUUUUUUUACAAUACAUAAUUUUCUUAGACAACAUCAAUUAUAUAAACGUCGGAUCUAUUUAAACUAUCCACAAUCAUUAUUAAAAAAUAUUCGACAAGCAACAGCAAAUGAUUAUAAAAUUCGAUUUCUACACUAUAAUAUCAAUGAUACGAAUAUUGAAUUAAAAUCUGUUUGGGAAUAUGAUAUUAAAUAUCCAUUUUUACCAGCAUAUCGAUUAACAACACUAUUGACAAUUGAUAUUAAACAACGAUCACAGUUCGAUAGCAGCAAACGAUGUCAUCGAAUAGUGAAUAAACCCAAUGAAUAUUAUUGUGAAAAAAUUUUAUCUCCGUGUAAAAACGAUACAUGUAAUACAAAUAGCCUAUGUUUUCCUACGUUUUAUCAUACUGGACAAUACCAUUACUUUUAUUGUCUUUGUUCAUUAUCUUAUUAUGGUAUUACAUGUCAUUUACAAACAAAUAAAAAUACAUGCCAAUUGUGUGAGAAUAAUGCAACAUGCUUAGCUUAUAUGAAUCAAUAUUAUCAACAUGUUUCAUAUUGUCUUUGUCAAUCAGGAUAUUUUGGAGAUUAUUGUAAACAUUCAAUGGCUCAAUUAAUUAUUCAAUCAAUGUCAUCUUUUAUCGGCACAGCAGUUGUUCAGUUUAUAAAUCCUAAUAUGAAAACAAUGAUACUUGAAAUAAAAAGUCAACAAAUAAUGGUGAAUAACGUACUCGUUUUUAAUGAUUUUUAUUUACCAGCAAUAGGUCUAUUGAAAAAUUAUAGUAAUGAUGGAUUAGACAGUUUAUCGGCAUUAUAUUAUUCUACUACUAGUAAAAAUAUAUCUCAUAUGAAUAUAAGUAAAAUAACAAAAUGUUUUCAUGUACAUGAUCUAAAUUUAAUUCCGAAAAAUUAUUCAUCAAUAAGUGAAAUAAUACGAACAUUAAAAGAAUAUCACCGUCCAUGUCAUCAAAAUCAUUCGUCCUCGUUAAUAUGUUUUUAUGAUCCACAAUUGUAUUAUUUAUGUUUUUGUAACAGUACCACUUAUCGUGCAAUAUGUUUUUACUAUGAUUUUAAUUAUGAUCGUUGUCAAUUUUGUUUAAAUCAAGGCCAAUGUUUUAUAGGCGAAAAACGUAUGAACUUCGAGAAUUUUAUUUGCCGUUGUCCAAAAUGUACCUAUGGAUCCAUAUGUCAGUAUCGAACAAAUCAAUUUGCAUUUUCAUUAGAAAUUCUAUUACAAAAUGAUGAUUAUCAAGCAAAAAUGAAUGAUGAUAACGUGGAAGAAGAAAAUAUGAUACCAGAAACGAGAAAUUUGUCAAUUUCAACAAUAAUAUGGUUAUCCAUUGCAAGUUUAAUGGUAUUCGUAGGCUUUAUUAGUAAUUUAUGUACAUACGUUACAUUAGUACAAAAAAUCAUUCAACGUUCAAUUAUUGUAAGGUAUAUUAUGAUCAUAUCAAUAAUAAACCAACUGGCACUUGUUUAUUUACUUAUACAAAUAUUAUACAUUAUUUUAAAUCAACAACAAAAUAUUAUUUUAUGCAAAUCAACAUCCUAUCUGUUACUAUGUUUUACAUACUCAAGCAAAUGGACAAUUGGUUUAUUAUCAAUGACUCGUGUACAUAUGGCACUGAAAAUGAAAGUAAACAAUAAUAUAUUGACAAAAGUAUCAUUCAAAGAAUAUUUACUAUUCAUAGUAAUUAUUCUUCUCGUAUUUAUUACAACAUCGUUUGCUAUUGUCUUUCGUCAUCCAACUGAAAUGAUAAUUACUAAACAAUUUGUUUGUAUUCUUGACUAUCCAACAUCAUUAUGGAAAACAAUCGAAAAUAUUCAUGUAUAUAUAAAUCAUUUAAUACCACUUACGAUGAACUUAUAUGCAACAAUUAUUGUUAUUUAUACAGCAGCUCGAAGUAAAGCAAGAAUCCAUGAACAAAAUUUACAUUCAGCUAUCUAUAAACAACUUAAAGACAGAUAUGAAUUGUUACUUAGUCCAUUGUUAAUGAUUCUAUGUUCAUUACCACAGUUGAUGCUUGCCUCCUUUAUUGAUUGUCAACAAUGGCAAAAAAUAUGGCUAAGAAAUCUCAUUGUUGGUACUUACUUGUUUUCGUAUUCACCACAAUUAAUGACAUUUAGUCUGUUUAUAAACCCAUCAAAAGUCUUUAAGCAUGCAUUUAAAAGUUCAAUGAUUGGAAGAAUACUUAAAAGUAACUAUUAA